AUGGGUGGUGGUAUCAAGUUGUAUCUUGGUGAGGCUGCUCCAGCUGCGAGCGCCAAGCCCCAGUCACCUCCGCCCAGUCCCACGCUCGCCGACGUGGUUCGCGUAGCCUAUACCAAAAAUUCUCAAUUGAGUCGGCGUCAGACUGAUCUGCGUCAUUCGCUGCAGCAAUCAUGCUUCUGGCGCCACUUGCAACACACUUUCUUCAGCAACCCGAGCAAGUGCUCCAUGUACGAGGCCAUGACGGUGGAAGAGUUUGAGGCGUACAGUCGCAGUGAAGAGCUGAAUGGCAAGCUGACACCGGUCAAACCUAAUGUGCACUCUGCACAGUUGGAAGAAAACGACACUCAUCAAGCCGCCACCUCAGUGGAUGAGGCAGCGCCGAUGCAGAUGCAUGACGUCGUCGAAGGUGUAGCGCCCAUGCACGAGGACACAGACGAAGCUUCUGAGACAGGCGACGAAGAAAACGAGAUGAUCCCGACUCGUGUGGCGAGUCAGGUUGCCAUCGUCUGUCACCCGCGCCGUAUGUGUCGCCAUAGCGCACGAUCGGGUCUGAGCUCCAGCCCACGUUUCCGCCGUUUUCGCGAGGUGAUCAAGAACGGUGCCACAUCCACCGUGGUUCAAAUUGCCGAAGUGUUGAUGAAACUCCUUGAGAGUGUGUGGCUCCGGGGACUGGUGCUAUCAGGAACAGAAGUCGAGUAUUCAACCGUUAUCUCCGUGUCCAUCACCAUGACUGUCUUGCCUCCCUCUUCUGCCGCCACUCUGGCUGAUGUGGUUCGCAUGGCCUACCACAAGAAUGUCAAAAUGUGCAAGCAACGCGACCGCGCGGCGCUCCGACAGACAGUCCAGCAGUCGCAGUUCUGGCGCCACCUCCAGCACACCUUCCUGGAAGAUCCCAAGGAAGGUGCCCGCUUGGAGCGCAUGACCGUCCCUGAGUUUGAGGCCCGUCAUCAGCGAUCAGCUAGCCCGCUGAGCCGUGCCACGUCUUCCCAGCCGACAUUGACCUGCCCUGUGCCUGCCUCUGACGUCUCGAACGAAAACAACCUGCCCACCCGUGCCUCCAAGUGUCGUCGACUUUCUCGCCGCGAUGCACACGCCGCCAAAGACAUGAAGACCGACCUCAUCGCCCCUGCUCAGCAGCGAGCUGAGCUCAGCCAUGUUGUGAUCCAGCCCUGGCGCCGCCCCAUUCUGGCCUCGGUCAACCGUGCUGGUGUUUGCUCCACCGUCUAGUUAAAUUGGUCAUCACUGCCUAUUUACCAACCCCUGUGGGGCGUAUUGCUUGUCUUGUACGCGUCCAGUAUUAGCCUUUUUUCCCUUUGUAUCGACCUGCUCCUGCCAGCCCGAGUCUAUGGCAGGCCUUGUAUUUAUUUCAAUGCGCUUCUUCUUCUUCCCCUCUGUGGCUAGCCUUUGCAUUUGUACAUGAUGCCAACCCGACUGUUUAAUAGUCUGCUCUCCCCUCUGAACACACACAACUCUUGCGUUCAAAUGGAGCCGAUGCCACUGUGUGGCCAAAAAGUCAUUUUCCAAAUCGAUCACCCUUUCCUCU